CUGUGGGGACGGAGGGCAGGGACCAUGGGGCUGGGGGGUCUCCUCCUCCCCAUCCUCGUCCUCGGGGUGGCCGGUUCCCGGCUGCAGCUAGUCACAGAUCCCUCCUCCCGGGCCCUGCUGGGCUCUGGGGCGCUGCUGAAAUGUCGGUUCGACGUCGGGGGGCCGGUCGAUCUGAGCGCCCUGCGGGUUCAGUGGUAUCUGUGGGAGGAGAGGAUCGCGCAGUACGACCAGGCCAGGGGAGAAUCCCAGAUCAGAGGGAGCCUGUCGGAGCAGGAGUUGGAGAAUGGAAAUGCAUCCCUGUCGCUCUCCAGUGUGACGGUGUCGGAUAUGGGCCUGUAUAAAUGCGUCGUUGGUUACGGUACGGAGCAGCUGCAGGGAGAGACGACCCUCCAUGUGCUCGCUGCUCCCCGACUCUCCGUCCCCCAGCGAUCAGCCAGGACAGACACAGCGAGCUCCUUCCCCUGCCACGUGUGGGGAUUCUACCCCCAGGACGUCACCGUCACGUGGCUGAGAGACGGGCGGGUUCUGACCGACGCCACCCGCUCUGACCCCCAGAGGAACCCGGACGGGACCUUUAACCUCACCCUGACCUACACCUUCACCCCCACCGCCAGCGACUCCGGCAGCAUCUUCUCCUGCCGCGUCAGCCACGCGGCUCUGGCCCAGCCCCUGCGGGAGGAGUUCCCCCUGGAUGUCACAGGAGCGGAUCACACCAGCGCCGCGAUCGGGGCGACCCUGGGGAUCCUGGUCGCAGGGGGAGCUGCGGCCGCAAUAGCCAUUUACUGCUGGAGGAAGAGGCAGGAAGGCAGGGGACCCCCCUACUCCGUCUCCGAGGUGCUGGGGCCGGCGCGGUGUCUCCUGGGACAGGAGGUGACCCUGAGCUGCGCCAUGGAGGGGACGUUCCCCAAGGACACGGCUGUGAUGUGGGAGCGGAUACACGGGGAGGACAGGACGGUGAUCGGGACUGACGGGGUCAGCGAGGCCGGGGAGCGGCCUGAGCACCAGCUGCUGUUACAGCCCCAGCCCCAGCGCUGGAGAGCGACACAGGAGAGAUCCCCUUGUAAGGAGAGAUCAGGGACCUGCCUCACGGCCUCCCUGAGCUUCACCCCCACGGUGCAGGACGACGGGGCCCGGGUCAGGUGCAGCUUCCACCACAAGUCCAGAGGGAUCCGAGAGCAGCGAGAGUCUGGGGAGAUCCAGCUGUGGGCCCAGCCACAGGUGUCUGAAAUCCAGGUGUUACCGCACUGGGAGCCCCGGGACGAGGUGCCGUUUACUGUCCAGCUCCAGAACUUUUACCCCAGGGGGAUUCACCAGAUCCAGUGGAGCUGUGAUGGGAAAAGCUGGGAAAAGUCUGAACCAACCGACUACAACGAGAACCCGGAUCUCACGUUCAGUGCUACCAGCGUCUGGAGAAUCCCCAGCCGGGAACUGAACCGUCUGGGACUCAGAGUCCGAGUGUCCGUUCAGCAAAGCCCCCAAGAGCCCCCAAUCGAGAGAGAGAUCAGAGCCGAGGACACAGCCCCAGCCGUGUCAGAAAUCUCCCAACCCGAGUCAGUGACAGCGGGGAAGGAAAUCACCCUGAGCUGCCGCAUGACGGGACAUUUCCCCGGGGCGCUGAGUGUGGCCUGGCUCAGAACGCAGAGAUCAACCAUAAGUGCUCGAUUUGAGGAAAAGAGCAAGGGAGACAUCCUGGUUCCUCUAGAAAACUCUGCCGAGUACAGAAUCGAGCCCGGAGCUCCCCACACACAGGACGGAAAAAGCUUCCAGCAGGAGACGAGACUCAGCUUCACCCCCUCGGUGCAGAGAGACCAGGGGGCCGAGUACGUCUGCCGGGUGGGACACGUCACCCUAGAGAUCCCCCUGGAGAGACGCACUGGGGAGCUGCGUGUGGCAGGGGAGCUCUCGCUGGGUGAGGGGACGGCCUGGCAGAGGCUGGUCAGGACACGGAGCCAGGUCAGACCAGAUGGUGACGGGGGGCGUGUGUCAGACCUCAGGUGCUGUUGCUAUGAUGUGCAAUUUCCACACAUUCUAGAGCCAUCACAAGCUCCAGUUCUUCGCGAGAUCUCCCGGCCGCAGGUCCUGACCCCCGGGGAGCAGGUCACACUGAGCUGCUACAUAUCCAGGUUCUACCCCAAGGAGCUGAGCGUGACCUGGCACCGACGGGGAAGGGGAGAGUCGGAGUUCAGGUGCUUAGACAAGCCGGACACCCACGACAUUGUCACCCCAGACCCCACAGCCGCGCCAGACAGGAAAUCCUACUUCGUGAUGUCCCGGCUCCACUUCACCCCCAUGCUGCCCGAGGACGACGGGGCAGAGUACCGGUGUUCUGUGGAACAUGAAACCCUGCAGGAGCCUGAAGGAAAAUCCACGGGGCCGCUGGAGCUGCGAGGUGGCCCCCCUCUCGAUGGAGACACGUCCGUUUUUUGACUGUCCUGCACUCACGCCACGGCCGGUGCUGGGGAGACAGAGCCAGCUGCAAACCGCUGGGAGAGGAGAGAACAAACUGACCCCUUGUGAUGCUGUGUGAUCGACGUGUGAGCGUGCACAGCACUGGUGUUGCCACUGUGCUACAACUGCAAGAGAACUUGUACCAAGCACGUCAUGUCCGGCGUCACUGGGAAAGUUGUGAAUUGCUAAGUGUGGAUAUCUUGCUUAUAUGUGUA